CUCCAUUCAACAGACGAGGUUGGGAUGGAGGUGCUGCUCCUGUGCAUGCUGUUGGUCCUCGUGAUCGGGUCCUUCUUCCUCGAAGGCAGCUCACUCACAUGGAUCUCCCAAAGCGGCAUCGCUCUUCUCUUUGGUGUCACUGUCGGCUCGAUCAUCGUCGUGGCCGAGAGCUACAGCCUCAUGGAACAUUUCAACUUUGACAACGACGUGUUCUUUCAUGUCCUGCUGCCGCCCAUCAUCUACGAAGCGGGGUUCUCCGUGAAGAAGAUUCAUUUCUUUUCCAACUUUGGCGCCAUCAUGUCCACGGCGGUUCUCGGCACGAUGAUCGCGACGUGCGUGACAGGCGGCGCCAUCUACGUCGGCGGUAUCUACGGUUGGAUCACCCCAUUGUCGUGGAUUGAAUCGUUCCUGUUCGGCGCGCUCAUCAGCGCAGUCGACCCCGUCGCGACCUUGGCUUGCUUUGAGAAGCUCAACGCGCCUACGCAACUGUUCAACAUCGUGUUUGGCGAAAGCGUACUCAAUGACGCAGUGGUAAUUGCACUCUACAUGACGCUUAACAAAUGGGACAGCGCAGCCGAGUUCUCCAUGUCGGGGCUGACCUCCGUGGUGGGGCAGACCAUGCUCAUGCUCGUGGGAUCGCUUCUCGUGAGCGUGGUCAUCACGUUGUUUGGCGCGUUCCUGAUGAAUUCGACCUACUUUUCGCGGCUGCACCUGUUCCCUGCGUACGAGAUCUCGCUCUGCAUCAUCUUCAGCCUGCUAGCGUACUUUUCGGGCGAGUCCCUCAAACUCAGCGGCAUCGUGUCGCUGUUCUUCUCGGGCAUGAUGACGUCGCAUUACCACUUCCACACACUCAGCCUCCCCGCGCAGCAGACGUUCCGCCACCUUCUGCACACGAUGGCAUUCGUGUGCGAGUCGCUCGUGUUUGUGUUCAUGGGCACAUCACUCGUCUUCAUCUUCACCAGCAAGACCGACGACGGCAUCACGAUGGGCAACCUGGACUGGGGCUUCAUGGGGUUUACGCUCGCGCUGUUGCUCAUCAGUCGAUUCCUCAACAUCGUGCCGCUCCUGGCGGUAUGCAACUACUGGCGCCGCAAGGAAGAUCGCAUCAGCGCCACGUCCAUGCUCGUCAUUUGGUUUGCCGGCCUGCGCGGCGCCAUCUCGUUUGCCCUGGUCAAGACGUGGUCCCACAUUGACAGCUCGGGCGACAGCCACCGCCCCCUCAUCGUGUCGACCACCCUCAUGAUUGUUGUGUUCACGACUCUCAUCAUCGGCGGGCUCACAGGGCCGCUUCUCGCGUACAUUGCGAAGGGGUCGGUGGAAGUCCCCGCGCCGGAUAGCCCCAAGGCGGUGUCGGAACCCCGGCUCAGCUUUAUCCAUUCGUUGGCCCACGGGGACUUGGUGAACCCAGCGGUGCGCCGCCGCCACCCCAAGCCCGAGGACGGGGGCGCCGACGACUGCUGCGUCGCCGCCUCCGCCGCGUCGGAUGACAGCGAAGGCGGCGCGUCCAUCGCCCCUGCGAUGCCCAUGGAGGGCGUGGUGACCGUCAGCCUCACGCACAAGUUUGAACAGACGUGGAAAAACGUGGACGAAAACUACCUCAAGCGCUGGUUUGGCGGUCGCAAGCGUGAGCCGGACCACCAGCAUCUUGUCCAAGAAGCCAGCCGGUCGGUCCAUGAAGAACACUCGCACACGACGGAGCGCUACGACUUGAAUGCGGAGGGUUUGCUUAACGUGUCGACCCCGUCGGCCAGCCCCAAGUCGUCGGUAUAUAUGCCCGCGAGCCCCAGUCGUUGGUAACACGAGUUGUCCAAUUGGGGGCCCCCUCAAUUGGCACUAAGUUAAGCAGCUUCAAGGUGUAACAAGAUUUGCAUGUUGGAUUCAUUAACCUGAU